AGGCCUGUAGGACUAAAAUCAUAGUGUUACCAUUAAUCUGAUGGGUUGUAUUGUGAAAUUAGGCUAUUUCAAUUGGUUGUGGGCUGACUUAUUUCUUUUCUAUUCCACUGGCAAGCAUGAAAACACUGCCACAUAGGUUCCUGCCGUUGGGAUGGAUUGGACAAGUACUCUGUUGAGGCGGCUGUGCUUACUUUUGAUUCCACGUCGCGAAUCGACGCAGACCUCGAGCUCGACCUUGAAAUUUCCUUUCAUUCUCCCAAUUGAUUUGAAUUGAUUUGAAUUCACAUCGUAUAUUUUUCCGUACAAAACAUACUUAUUUCACGAGCUUCGGAAUAGAUCUUGUCUUUCAACACCAUACUCAUGGCAGAAAUUGGCAUCAUUGCCAGCGGCAUGGGCGUAGCCUCGAUGGGGCUUCAGCUCAUGGACGGCAUUAGAAAAUUGAAACAAUUUUGGGACGAAGUUAAAGAAGCGCCUGAAGAUAUCCAAUACACCCUUGAAGAGCUCGACGCACUGAGUCUGGUUCUUUCCGAUAUGCACAUCACUAAUUCAAAUCUGCCAUCGAUUCCUUCGGCUACGGUCACAAAGUGCCUAGAGCUUUGUCGCCGUGGAACAAAUAUCCUCAAUACGACAGUGAAUGAUCUGAAUAGGGCUAUCUCCAAACGACGCAAGAUCGGUAGCGCGAAAGUGGUUUUGAAGAAAGAUACACUCGAUAAAUUUCGGAAUCGAUUGAGAGAUGCGCAAUAUAUGCUUAUACUUUCUCAGCAGACAUACUCGGACGCACUUCAAUUGGAAUACCAUAAGCUUCAAUUAGAGGCAGGUCAAAGUAAUGCGAAUCGUCAGCUGCAAGGAAUCGAGGAGUUAAAGAUUUUCAUUACACGUUCUGUCGAUGCCAUGUCUAGUACCCUGCUCCAAUCGCGCGAUACUGUUGUUUAUGAUUAUGAAACGAAGAGACCCAUGAGAGGAAGAACACGAUCGAAGCUUGAUGAGCAGGCUGACUACUUUAAGAGGAAGUUUAGUAUUCCUCAGUUAUUUUCAUCUACGAGCUAUACUUGGGAAUUCUCUGGGUAUCAAGCACCUUCAGGGUGGACAUUCAACUUCCGGCAAUACUACACAAUUGCAUUUGAUUCGCCGGCUUGGCAAUGUGUAUACCGAGGGGACUUAUCCGGACUUCAAGUAUUGUUAAAGAGUAAAAAGGCUACCCCAUUUGAUAGAUUAGCCACAGGCGGGACAUUGCUUGAUGUAGCUAGCGCGCAGGGAGACUAUGAUAUGUGCUGUUUCCUACUCAAUCAAGGAGCAGAUCCGAAUGACUCUUUCAGGACAUCUGCGUUAUUAUAUAGUGUUGGCUGGUCCAGUAAAGGCCCUUCUCAGAUCAGUGUGCUGCAGCUACUCUAUCCAAUAUCUGAGAUUCAUAAUCCGUUGCAAAUUAUUUCGGACUAUGAUAUUGAUCUUGAUAGUCUAGCUUGGCUGCUUCAUAAUAUUGAUCCGACAUUCAAAGAGUGGUGUUUCGAGGAAAGGAUGAUGUUCGCACUGAAAGUUUGUAACAAAAUUAGUAAUGUGAUUCAUAGCACAGCUGACGUAAUAUCACUAAUGCUUCACGAAGACCAAUUGAACGAAGCUUGCUGCAAGAUGGUUUUCAGAAUCAGGCCUGAGCAUAUUGGCAAUACUUUUCUAUCAAUCGAGCUUGCGUGUCUUUCAAGCGUUAUAUUUACUUGGCUAAGAGAAAAUGGAGAAUCGACUGUGUGCUCCGACUCGACUCAGCUAAGACCUGGGAAAGCAGAAUUUGGACCGAGUGGUCGAUUUUCAAAAGCAAAGUGUUCUACAUCAAUCGAGUUGAUUGAACGCCUCGUUGCCAACGGUUCAGAAGUCUUCUGCGGAGGUCUUAUAUCUUGCUCGUUGAGUGGAAACUAUUGGAUUUACCCUCAUGCUUUGCACUGCUCAUGGACAUGCCCAAUUUCUGUGCGAAUUUGGCUCGAGAUACUACAUGAUUCCGGCAUUGAUCUACUGAAAUACGGCAAAUUAGAGCAUGAUAAUUUCAUGGAGAGUAUCUCUGAAUGGGGGGUGUACGCGAGAAGGGAUAUUUGGGAAUGUGACAUGUAUGUAGAGCCGGCACAUCUGAUAAGCUUUGUCUAUGGACCAGCUAUUGAGGAUUGGAAGUUCUGGUAUUCCUUAGAUGAACCGCGUUGGAACUACUACGAAGAUCUCUGGUAUUUCUGGGAACUGGUUGAUCAUCCAGAAAAGGGGAUGCCUGGGGCUUGGGAGGAGUGUUAA